CCGCCAAAGAAAUUAAGUUACGUUACGACUCGGAUAAAUAUUUCCGUAUUUCUGGAAUCGUCGAAUUUAUUUAUUUAUUUGACGAGAACGAGUGGAAAUUUCUAAAGUAUGAUUUAUUGAAAGAAUCUGCCAAGUGUCCUUAUUCUUAUUAAUUAUUGGCAUCUGUAUUUAAUCUGAGCUAAAUAUGCCUGGACCAGAGAAUGCUAUUUACAUUGUUGUGGGUGAAAUGAGUAUGGUGAUGACAGCAAUGAGGAGGACUAGUCGUUGGUCGUCACACAGUCAUCAGGAAGAAGAACAAGAUUCUCUGCUUCGAAAUAUGUCAAAUUUAAAAGAAAUCUUAAAUCAUAUCAAUGAUUUAUCUGAUUUGGAACCAACGGUUUUUCUUUCACCUUUUCUUGAUGUAAUAAGAUCAGAAAAUAUUCCUGCUCCUAUAACUGGACAUGCACUAUCUGCAAUUCAUAAAUUUCUUUCUUAUGGAUUAGUUGAUUCUAAAUAUGAAUCAGCUGCAGUUGCUGUAGAAAAUAUUGCUGAUGCUGUAACUCAUGCUAGAUUUGUUGGCACUGAUCAAGGAACGGAUGAAAUUGUUUUGAUGAAAAUAUUGCAAGUGCUUCGAAUGUUGCUUCUAACACCUGUUGGAAUGUUGUUAUCUGAUGAUUCUGUUUGUGAAAUAAUGCAGUCCUGUUUUCGUUUAUGUUUUGAAACUAGGCUAAGUGAACUACUGCGAAAAUCUGCAGAACAUUCUUUAAUUGAUAUGGUACAGCUACUCUUUUCAAGACUUCCUCAAUUUUCAGAAGAUAAUAAAUGGAUAGCUACUAGAAAAUUACAUAUGAAGGCAAUUGGGAUUGAUUCUUCUAGAAAUAGCUAUAGAAGAAGAUUGCACAUCAAGCAUAAGAAAAUUAAUCAGACUAAUAAACUUGAUACAACUGUUCAAAAUCCAUCUUCCAAUGUUACAAAUUCAGAUGAUAGUGGUUGUGUUUCAUCUAUAUCUUCACCUGAAACAUUUUCAGAUCAAAAAAUAAGUAAUGAAAGUUUUGAGCAAGAUAUUCAAAAUUAUCAAGAAAGUUCUUCACAAGAAGAAACACUUGAAAAUAAGUGUAAUGCUGCCGAUUCACAAUGUAAUAUUGACAGAAGUAAAAGAGAAAUUUCUUUAUAUAUGCAUGAUGAUGAUGCCAACAGGAAAAGCAGUUUAUCUCAGUUACAUAUGAAGGCAAUUGGGAUUGAUUCUUCUAGAAAUAGCUAUAGAAGAAGAUUGCACAUCAAGCAUAAGAAAAUUAAUCAGACUAAUAAACUUGAUACAACUGUUCAAAAUCCAUCUUCCAAUGUUACAAAUUCAGAUGAUAGUGGUUGUGUUUCAUCUAUAUCUUCACCUGAAACAUUUUCAGAUCAAAAAAUAAGUAAUGAAAGUUUUGAGCAAGAUAUUCAAAAUUAUCAAGAAAGUUCUUCACAAGAAGAAACACUUGAAAAUAAGUGUAAUGCUGCCGAUUCACAAUGUAAUAUUGACAGAAGUAAAAGAGAAAUUUCUUUAUAUAUGCAUGAUGAUGAUGCCAACAGGAAAAGCAGUUUAUCUCAGUCAGAAACAUCGGAAAAUACAGUUUUUGAAAAAGAAUGUGACAUUUCUCAACAAUCAGAGAAUCAAGAAAUAAAAAAUGAAAGUAAUAGUAUAACUGAAAUUUAUGAUCUUAACAUCAAAAGUGACAAUAACAGAACUAACAGUCAUAGAGACAGCGAAUAUGUUAAUCCACAUGGUGUACGUUUUACUGCUCAACAAAUACCACAAGAAGGUUCCGGUCCUCUUAUACCAUACGGUCUGCCUUGCGUAAGAGAAUUAUUUAGAUUUUUAGUCACAUUAAUAAAUCCAAUUGAACGACAUAACACGGAGGCAAAUUUUCACAUUGGUUUAAGCCUCCUAACAGUUGCUCUUGAAGCUGGUGCCAAUCAAAUAGACAACUUCAAUUCUCUACUUACUCUAAUCAAAGAUGAUAUGUGUCGAAAUCUGUUUUCCUUACUCUUAACAGAGAAAUUAUCAAUUUUUGCUGCCGUACUUAGAGUGUGUUUUUUAUUAUUUGAAUCAUUAAGAACACAUAUCAAAUUCCAAUUAGAAAUGUAUUUAACUCGAUUAAUUGAAAUAAUAAUAUCGGAAUCGUCAAAAGUUCCAUACGAACAGAGAGAGAUAGCCUUAGAUUCCAUAUCUCAAUUAUGGCACAUUCCUGGUUUGGUAACAGAAUUGUAUUUAAAUUUUGAUUGCAGUCUGUAUUGUUCUAAUCUAUUUGAAGACUUGACUAAACUUUUAUCAAAGAAUGCCUUUCCGGUCUCGGGACUGUAUUCGACGCAUCUCCUGUCCCUAGAUGCAUUAUUAGCAGUUGUCGAUAGUAUUGAAAGUCAUUGUCAUUUUCGUAUUUUAAAUGGAAGUCAGUUGGAAAUUGAAAUUAAAAAAAAUACUAAAAAUACGUAUCAGGAAAUUGAAAGCAGACAAGAUGAAAAAGAAAAUGAAGAUUUACCAAUUACAACAAAUCAUUCUGGGUACUUGUUGGGACAGUUAGCCAUUUCUGGAAAAUUAAAUAAAUCGACCAAAUUAAAAGGAACCAAGAUGGAUUUUCAGUUUAGUUGUGGCAGAAGAAAAUUGGCAAAUGACAUUCCGAACCGUAAAGAAAUUACUGACAUCAAGAAUAAAAAAAAGCUUUUAGCUGUAGGGACAGAACAGUUUAAUAAUCAACCAAGUAAAGGUAUUACCUUUCUUCAAGAGCAUGGCUUGCUUAAGGAUCCUUUAAAUCCUUCAGAAGUAGCUUUGUUCUUAAGAGAUAAUCCACAACUAGAUAAGAGAAUGAUUGGUGAAUAUCUUAGUAAUAGAAAGAAUCUAAAAGUUCUUGAAGCAUUUGUCAGAUCGUUUACUUUUGAAGAUCUUCGUAUUGAUGAAGCUUUGAGGCAAUAUUUAGAAACCUUCAGACUUCCAGGAGAAGCUCCUUUGAUCUCAUUAUUAUUAGAGCAUUUUGCUGAACACUGGCAUAAAAGCAAUUCAGAACCUUUUCAUAAUAACGAUGCAGCUUUUACAUUAGCAUAUGCUAUUAUUAUGUUGAAUGUAGAUCAGCACAAUCAUAAUGUUAAAAAACAAAAUAAUCCUAUGACAGUUGAGGAAUUCAAGAAAAAUUUAAAAGGAGUUAAUGGAGGACAAGAUUUUGAUGAUGAAAUGUUGGAAGAAAUAUAUGUAUCCAUAAGGAAUGAAGAGAUAGUGAUGCCAGCAGAACAAAGUGGUCUUGUUCGAGAAAACUAUUUAUGGAAGGUUUUACUAAGAAGAGGAUCUGGAAAAGAAGGAUCGUUUAUACAUACUCCAGAUGGAGUUUUUGAUCAUGAUUUAUUUUCUCUUAUUUGGGGUCCCACAGUUGCAGCAUUAUCGUAUGUUUUUGACAAAAGUACCGAAGCUACUAUAAUACAAAAGUCAAUCUCGGGUUUUCGAAAAUGUGCUAUGAUUUCUGCACAUUAUGGAAUGAGUGACGUUUUUGAUAAUUUGGUCAUUUCUCUUUGCAAAUUUACUACUUUAUUAUCUUCUGAGUCUUCAGAACAUUUCUCCAUUGUAUUUGGAAGUAAUAGUAAAGCACUGCUAGCAUGCCGAACCUUAUUUAAUUUGGCCCAUCGUCAUGGAGACAUCUUAAGAGAAGGAUGGAAAAAUUUAUUAGAUUGUGUUCUUCAGUUAUAUCGCAUGAAAUUAUUGCCUAUGGAAAUGAUGGAAGCAGAAGAUUUUGUUAAUCCAAAUGGAAUCAUUUCAUUAAUUCAAGAAGAAACUAAUACUAUUCAACGUUCUGAAUCUGGUCUCUUGAGUUCAUUUUAUUCUUAUAUCACACAAACUGCAGAUAAUCAGGUUCAAAGAGGACCGACUCCGGAAGAUGAAGCAGCAAAACAAUCAGCUCAAAACUGUAUAAAUGAUUGUCAUCCCGAACAAUUAAUCACUGAGAGCAAGUUUUUAAGAGUAGACUCUCUACAAGAAUUAGUAAAA